AUUACUUUGCACUUAAUGAGACUGGCUGUGACUGGCCUUACAGUUGCUCUCCGUCACACGGCUAAAAGAGACAGUUCUUAAGUCACUAGCUUUCUACGGACUCCCAAGAUCACUGUCUGUUUGGGACUGAAAAGAUUCAAUCCACGCAUUGAGUGAUAUGUUUCUGUAUUAAAGAUGGACGGGUGAGUUCUCAUUAUGUUGAAAUGGUAAAGGAAUCAUUUACUAAGAUGAAAGAAGAAAUUGGUUUGAAAAUGCAAAGCUUUUAUGAGCCCCAGUGGACCAGGAAUCGCAGGCCCGAGACCGCAAUAUGGAAAAUACCCAAAAUGGACGCAAGAAGAGAAAGUUAUAGCAAAUCCGCUCCGGAACGUGGAAAUCCCUUUGAGACCCAAUCUCUUAUUACACCAUCCUCUCCAGCCUCCUCACUGGAUAAUUACAGUACAUCUGGGGUAAUUAAUUUACAAUCAUCCAAUGGAUCACUCAGGGAGUCCUACAGAUUAAACAACAUUUCCCUGUUUUCACAUCACAUAGAUCGAAAGCUUCCUCUCAUUAACUCCUCCAGUGAUGUUUCCAAGACCAGCAUGUCAGUAGAUGGAUCAUCAAUACACAUACCUAAUAGUGGAUAUCAAAGCUCUCAAACGUACCUCACAUCAGUAGAGCUAAAAACACCUUGGUACAUAUCUUUACUACAUGAAAAGGAACGCUAUCUUCUUAAAUUAGGAGAAGAAAUAAAUCGCCUCUCGAGGUAUGAAGUCGAAUGCAAGAAGAAGGACGAAAUUAUUUGCAACUUGAAGAAUGUUAUAUUGCAGCUUGAGAGUGAUUUACAACAAGCAGUUGAUAUCGAAGCUGACUCACAACAGGAAGACACCGCUAUACAGCAAAAUAAUGAGCCAAAUCAGCUUACCAUCUCUGAGAAACCACAUUUUAAUACCUGUCCAAUUAAUAAUAACUUCCAAGACGAAUCAAAAUAUUCUACCCUAUGUCACAGAGAUUCAGAAACGAAUCCAGAAGGAGAUAAUUUGAAUUCCUUAUCAUCAUCAAACGUGUCUGAGUCACACAAUGAGAGUGAGCCGAUACCACCUGAAACAAAGAAUGUGGUCAAGACCCACAGGGCUGAAGGACAGUCUAAUGAUUCAGAAGACGACCAUUUUAUCCAGAGCCAAACUGAUGGUGGCAUGGUCGUACCAAACAUCAUAGUAAAACAAAUUAAUGAAUUACAGAAAGAAUUAGAUAACCUUAAAAAAGACCAUGAGAUAUCUAAAGGAACAAUCUUCUCGCUGAAGAGACAGGUUUCGCUUCAAGAGUCUCAGCUCCGGAGAACAGAGUCCAAAAAGGACAUUCUGGAAAAGCACCUAAAAGAGAGAGUAGUUCAGAUCCAGGCCAUGUCUACCAAGUUUUCCAGUCUGCGGGAAGAAAGAAAACACGAGGACAUGAUGGCAGCUAUAGAGAAGGAUAACUUUAAUUUAAGAGAGCUCAUUUCAGAAUUAAAAUCUGAGCUGAUGAAAAGAAAUGAUGUGAUCGGUGAUUUGAAAACCCAAAAUCAAAAAUUACAGAAGGAGAUUUCAGAAUAUCAGACGCAAGUGAAGAAACGUGAAGAUGAGAGAAAUGUGAUUCAGAGUAAGGCUGAAGACCUGGAAAGUUCUGAGCAGCAUGUGAAAGUGUCUCUGGAAUGCCUGCAGUCCAGGUUUGAGAGAUUCCGGAGUAAAAUCAUUCAAGCUACAUUCAGUGCUCCGGGAGUUAAGUUUCCACAUGUUGAAAUACCUGAUAAUGAAGCUCUAGAGGCUAUGCAGAGAAUAAUUACAGAACGGUCAGACUACCACCAGCAGCUGAAGCAAAAAGGAGUAAAAGUGCCUCCACUACACAGCUUGGAAACCAUUACUAAACAGUUGCCAUCAACUCCACGAAAAAAUAAAUGAACUACAAAAAGACUUUAUUUAAUGAUGUAUACAUUAUCAAGUAUAUUGAACACUGUCUAUAUUACAAGUCAUGGUUAGAAUUGUCAGCACAGUCAGAUUGUUCUCC